AGCAGCGCUCAUGGCGAAGAGGCUUAAGGCCACAAAACCGUGGGACAGAAAGAGGAACAGAAACCAGGUAUCUCCACUCCAGCUGCCCUGCCUCAAACUCCUAAGCUUCGCACGUGAGGAUCCUCUUGCAGGCACUGACUAGAGAUGGAAUCCUAAAGCAUAGGUGAAGCGGAAAUGCUCCUUCAGGGAGAGCCGACUGAGGAAGCCAGCGGCUAGCACGAGGCGGGACAGGAUACCUCCCUCUUCGCCCACGGCGGCCUCUCUGUCAUAGUAACCGCCGUUCUGCCACUCAUGCAGCUUUCUAAGACACCUCUAGGUUCCCCAGCGCUUUCAGUGGGGCAGCCGGCCGCUCCCGAAGGCUGCAAGAGGAGGCCCGGCGUGCUAAGCCAGUCCUCGCUCCCCUCUUAGAAAGCCGGCCCGCCGGCGAGAGCCAGGCUAAGGCGCGGACAACCAACGAGGUGUCAGGCUCGGCGGGGGAUUGCUUCUGUCUGGGGCCCGGCCGAGGUUGCGUUCGUGCCUCGCGCGCACACGCUCCGCGUUCACUCAGCCAAUCCGGCGCUACUCGCGCGCCCAGGAGCGAACCGCGGUCCUACUCAGGCUGGGCCGGCUCCUUCCCGCUCCCAAUACUCAGACCCGAGCUCUCACUCCUCCCCUCACUCUCCACGAGUUCCACGCCUCGGGGUGUAGCUCCGCCCCUGUCCCCGAGUCCGCCCCCGCAACCUCCAGAGCGUGUGCUCUCCUUUCCUCUCAGUCCUACCAUCUAGCUGCCUUGAGUCUCGCGCUCCGCAGAGCGGUACGACUCUCUCCGGCCUCGUCCCGCCGCCUCCGCGCGCUCUCCCCGUGCGGUCACCGCGCCCCCCAAGCUUGCCUCCUUCUAGCCGGACUUGGGGUCGCGCGCCCUGACUCCGCCCCCUCCCGCGGACCCGCGCACUCCCGGCGCGGCCUCUCCCCCACGCAGGCCACCGAGCACUCUGCGGCCUCCCCCUCCUUCCCCGCUCUCCUCGCGCUUCCCUGGCUCCCUAGCUGUCGCGCUCUCCUCGGCGAGCGCGCUCCCGGCCCGCGCGCUCCGGGCUCCGGUUUCUCCCGGCUCCUGUUAGUGCGGUGACUGCGCUGGGAAACAUGGCGACCGAGGGAAUGAUCCUUACUAACCACGACCAUCAAAUCCGUGUCGGAGUCCUUACAGUGAGUGAUAGUUGCUUCAGGAAUCUUGCAGAAGACCGCAGUGGGAUAAAUCUCAAAGAUCUCGUACAAGAUCCUUCUUUGUUGGGUGGGACUAUAUCAGCAUACAAGAUAGUACCAGACGAAAUAGAAGAAAUCAAGGAAACCCUGAUAGAUUGGUGUGAUGAAAAGGAACUUAAUUUGAUAUUAACAACUGGAGGAACAGGAUUUGCACCACGAGAUGUCACUCCAGAGGCCACAAAAGAAGUAAUAGAACGGGAAGCACCAGGGAUGGCCCUGGCAAUGCUGAUGGGAUCACUUAAUGUUACACCUCUGGGCAUGCUCUCUAGGCCUGUAUGUGGAAUCAGAGGGAAAACGCUCAUAAUUAACCUGCCAGGUAGCAAGAAAGGAUCUCAGGAAUGCUUUCAAUUCAUACUGCCAGCUCUACCUCAUGCCAUUGACCUUUUACGUGAUGCCAUUGUAAAAGUAAAGGAGGUGCAUGAUGAACUUGAAGAUUUGCCUUCCCCACCACCCCCUCUUUCCCCUCCUCCUACUACCAGCCCCCAUAAACAGACAGAAGACAAAGGGGUUCAAUGUGAAGAAGAGGAAGAAGAGAAGAAAGACAGUGGUGUUGCUUCAACAGAAGAUAGUUCCUCAUCACACAUAACUGCAGCAGCCAUUGCUGCCAAGAAGCAUCCAUUCUACACCAGUCCUGCUGUUGUCAUGGCACACGGUGAACAGCCCAUCCCUGGUCUCAUCAAUUAUUCCCAUCAUUCAACAGAUGAACGGAUUCCAGACUCCAUCAUUUCUCGUGGUGUUCAGGUGCUCCCACGAGACACAGCCUCCCUCAGCACUACUCCUUCAGAAUCGCCUCGUGCUCAGGCUACAUCUCGCCUUUCUACAGCUUCCUGCCCAACACCAAAAGUCCAGUCCAGGUGCAGCAGCAAGGAGAACAUUCUCAGAGCCAGUCACAGUGCUGUCGAUAUCACCAAGGUGGCUAGAAGACAUCGCAUGUCUCCUUUUCCUCUGACAUCCAUGGACAAAGCCUUUAUCACAGUCCUGGAGAUGACUCCGGUGCUUGGGACAGAAAUCAUCAAUUACCGAGAUGGAAUGGGGAGAGUCCUUGCUCAAGAUGUAUAUGCAAAAGACAAUUUACCCCCCUUCCCAGCAUCAGUAAAAGAUGGCUAUGCUGUCCGAGCUGCUGAUGGCCCAGGAGAUCGUUUCAUCAUUGGGGAAUCCCAAGCUGGUGAACAGCCAACUCAGACAGUAAUGCCAGGACAAGUCAUGCGGGUUACAACAGGUGCUCCAAUACCCUGCGGUGCUGAUGCAGUAGUACAAGUGGAAGAUACUGAACUUAUCAGGGAAUCAGAUGAUGGCACUGAAGAACUUGAAGUGCGAAUUCUGGUGCAAGCUCGGCCAGGCCAAGAUAUCAGACCCAUCGGCCAUGACAUUAAAAGAGGGGAAUGUGUUUUGGCCAAAGGAACCCACAUGGGCCCCUCAGAGAUUGGUCUUCUGGCAACUGUAGGUGUCACAGAGGUUGAAGUUAAUAAAUUUCCAGUGGUUGCAGUCAUGUCAACAGGGAAUGAGCUGCUAAAUCCUGAAGAUGACCUCUUACCAGGGAAGAUUCGAGACAGCAAUCGUUCAACUCUUCUAGCAACAAUUCAGGAACAUGGUUACCCCACAAUCAACUUGGGUAUUGUAGGAGACAACCCAGAUGACUUACUCAAUGCCUUGAAUGAGGGUAUCAGUCGUGCUGAUGUCAUCAUCACAUCAGGGGGUGUAUCCAUGGGGGAAAAGGACUAUCUCAAGCAGGUGCUGGACAUUGAUCUUCAUGCUCAGAUCCAUUUUGGCAGGGUUUUUAUGAAACCAGGCUUGCCAACAACAUUUGCAACUUUGGAUAUUGAUGGUGUAAGAAAAAUAAUCUUUGCACUACCUGGAAAUCCUGUAUCGGCUGUGGUCACCUGCAAUCUCUUUGUUGUGCCUGCACUGAGGAAAAUGCAGGGCAUCUUGGAUCCUCGGCCAACCAUCAUCAAAGCAAGGUUAUCAUGUGAUGUAAAACUCGAUCCUCGUCCAGAAUACCAUCGGUGUAUAUUAACUUGGCAUCACCAAGAACCACUACCUUGGGCACAGAGUACAGGUAAUCAAAUGAGCAGCCGUCUGAUGAGCAUGCGCAGUGCCAAUGGAUUGUUGAUGCUACCUCCAAAGACAGAACAGUACGUGGAGCUCCACAAAGGCGAGGUGGUGGAUGUCAUGGUCAUUGGACGGCUAUGAUGGUCACCAGCAGGAGAAAGCUUUGAUGCAUGUCCACAUAUCAUUGACUGUAUCCUGUAAUAUGCAACGGCACAGCUAGUUUUCCCAAUUUGGAUAAAAGUUGAUCUGUAUAGUCAACAUCUUGAACUAUAUUUCAAAUGAAUUUAAAUAUCUUUUAAAGAAAAAAACACCUAAAAAUAAAUCUUAACAGACAAUUCUAUUCUGAUUAUAUCAAGGCAAAUUUUUCCUUUCUUGCAAAUUGCUUUGUGUGUUCAAUGCUAGGUCUGAUAGCGAUAGCUUUUAGUAGACAGCGGUAGGUGCCUGCAGAACUUGUGUUUUUCUCAUCUUUAAAAUACAACUACUUAUGCUCUUAAAUCAAGGCUGUCUGCUUAUUUAUACUAGCGUAGGCAACACUUGGAUUUCCCUUCUUAGUAUGCUUCAUAACUGCUUUACAGAGAGCUUUUGCUUGUUCUUUCUCAUGUAUCUCGUGUUUAUGUGCACAGUGCCAAAAGAAGACUGACUGGGUGGAGGCUCUGCCUUGCCUCAAGAACCAUCCCCUGCAGAGCAUCCAGGGAGGUUUCUCACCCCAAUAGCCUCACGGCACAGUACUCUUGGGCAGUAACUGGACACCUUUUAUUUGAACAAACAAACUGAAGAAAGAAUGCUUCCUUAAGUGCUGACGGCCUUUUUAACCAAUACAUUUAAAAUUGUACAGAACAAAAAAAAUCAAAGACUGAUCUUGUACAGAUAUUAGUGUUACCAGCAUUCAUGUGGAAAUCAAGAGCAAAGACAAAAUAAUGUUAAACAACUCUGUACCAUAACAUUUUCUGUAAUGAUACUGAAACUUAAUGAAUAAAAAAAUUCCUUGAUCAUUAUUUAAAAAUGUAA